CUUUUCCCAGCGGAUGAGAAACGCCCCCUCCACCCCCACCCCGUUCGGAGGGACAGGAAAUUGAGGGAAUUCCCGCAGCCCCAGCGGCUGGCUCCCCUGUCGUCUGAAGGCCCUGGUGGCCGAGCGUGGGAGGUGCCACACCCCGCCCGCUGUCUCCUGGGAUGUGACGAGGGAAGUGGUGGCCCCGUCGAGACGGGCCGGCGGGGCUGCCGCGGGCUCAGGCGGGGGGAGCCGAGCGCGCUGGGGCGGGAACUCGCUGCGGGAGAAGCUGGGCAGCAGGGGAGGGCGGGCCCCGCCAGCCCCUCAGGAGCGCCAGCUGGAAGAGGGAGACGCGCGUGUGUGGAGGGGUAUGCAGAGGUGCCUAUGCAGGGAGGCGCCUCUGUGCGGGGAAUGAGUGGGCGUGGAGGGCCGUGGGGGUCACGCGCGCAUGCGGCUACUUACAGGGGUGUGUGUGGAGGCGUGCGUGGAGAAUGGCAGCGCGUGCGUGGGGCGCGUGCCUGUGCGGGUACGUGCGUGUAGGCGUGCGUCAGGGGGAGGGGAGAACGUAAGGACCGCUGACGACGGGGGUGGCGCUGACACUGCGUGCGUGCGGGACAGGAUGAACAGUCAAAAGAAAAGAAAAGAUAUGGAACCUGCUUGUACUUGGAGUUUAUUGUCUGAACCGAAAGAUUUUCACAGGAGACAGCACAAAAGAGCAAAGAGUGAAGAUUGCUGGAGUCCUUUCCCUUGUGGCUGAUUCCUGAGCUCCAAGGAAUAUUUAGUUAUGGGGAAUAGAAACCGGUUAUCUUCAACAGACUACUCACUUGCCGGCCCAUUUCUGUGACAUUCUAAUAUCUGCCUCUCCAGACUCUGCUUCCUCCUACCCACCUAGUCACACCUUCUCCCAAGUAUAAGUCUCACUCUUGCUUUUAAAGCUGCUUCAAAUUCUCAGGCUCCAUAUUCAUGGAAGGAGCUCACAGGUCCUUCCAGCUGUGCAAUUUGCCAGUGUCUCAGCUACACUUGCUCUGCCAAGCACUGCGUAAUCCAUACUGUAAAAUCAAAGACCUGAAACUGAUUUUCUGUCAUCUCACAGCUUCUUGUGGUAGGGACCUCUCUUUAGUAUUUGAAACUAACCAGUAUUUGACAGAUUUGGAGUUUGUAAAAAAUACCCUGGAAGAUUCAGGAAUGAAGCUUCUGUGCGAAGGAUUAAAACAGCCAAACUGUAUCUUACAGACAUUGAGGUUGUACCGAUGCCUUCUCUCUCCUGCUCCUUGUGGGGCACUGGCAGCUGUUCUCAGUACCAGUCAGUGGCUCACUGAUCUGGAAUUUAGUGAAACAAAAUUGGAAGCUUCAGCUUUGAAAUUGCUUUGUGAAGACUUAAAAGAUCCAAAUUGCAAAUUACAGAAGCUCAAGUUGUGUGCUAGCCUUCUCCCUGAAAGCCCAGAGGUUGUUUGUAAGUAUCUUGCCGCUGUUCUCAUUUGCAAUCCAAACCUCACUGAGCUGGACCUGAGUGAAAAUCCCCUGGGGGACACAGGGGUGAAGUAUCUUUGUGAAGGUCUCAGACAUUCCAACUGUAAAGUGGAAAAGCUAGACUUGAGCACAUGUUACCUAACAGAUGCUAGCUGUAUGGAGCUCUCUUCUUUCUUGCAAGUGAGUCAGACUUUAAAAGAGCUGUUUGUAUUUGCCAGUGCCCUGGGGGACACAGGAGUACAGCAUCUCUGUGAAGGUCUGCGGCAUGCAAAGGGUAUUCUCGAGAAUCUUGUGCUUUCUGAAUGUUCCCUUUCUGCAGCUUGUUGUGAGUCCCUCGCUCAAGUCCUGAGCUCCACUCGGAGCCUGACAAGGCUGCUUCUAAUUAAUAACAAAAUUGAAGAUUUGGGACUGAAAUUGCUGUGCGAAGGAUUAAAACAGCCUGACUGUCAGUUAAAGGAUCUGGCGUUGUGGAACUGCCACUUGACUGGAGAGUGUUGUCAGGAUUUAUGCAAUGCACUCUACACCAAUGAGUACCUAAGAGACCUUGACCUCAGUGAUAAUGCCUUAGGGAAUGGGGGUAUGCAGGUGCUGUGUGAAGGGCUGAAACACCCCUCCUGCAAACUGCACACUUUGUGGUUAGCAGAAUGUCAUCUCACAGAUGCGUGCUGUGGAGCCCUUGCCUCUGUCCUUAACAGAAAUGAGAACCUAACAUUGCUAGACCUAAGUGGAAACGACCUCAAGGAUUUUGGAGUGCAAAUGCUGUGUGAUUCACUGAUUCAGCCAAUAUGUAAACUACAGACAUUCUACAUUGACACGGAUCAUUUACAUGAAGAAACAUUCAGGAAAAAUGGAAGCUUUAAAAAUGAGCAAGCCUGGAAUCACCUGGUAGUUUCCAAGGAGAGCCCCCGAAUCAGCUGCAUAUAGACCCCCCUCCUGGCACCAUCUUUAACAGUUGUGCA